CUGGAUUCCACAACACGUAUCGUUUAGCGCAGAAGUUAGUCUAUAUAUUGUACCUACCUAUUUAUUUCUGUGCUCUUUGACGGGAAUAAAAACGAACAAUAACAUUGUAGUUGUCAUGAGAGUCACAAAAUAAUGUCAACCUCUUGUAAAGAACAAAAAGCUCAAAUUAACUGUGGCGUUGGUGGUACGAUGCAGAGAAAUGCGGCAGUGUUGACCGUUGUAUGUAUAAUGAUGUGCCUCACCUUCAACUACACGUUUCCUCUUCAUCGAAAGACAUCGCGGGAACCGGACAGGAAUCAGGACCUUUACUACGCCAACGCAUCAAUAUCGCCAACCGAUAACCAUGAAUUUAACAUACCUACGCAUCGUGAUACCAUCGCCGAUCGCAGCAAAAAAAUGGCAUCGAAUUUCGAAAAUGCUCUAAGACGAAUUAAAGAUUCAACCCAAGACCUAGGCAGAAAUAUUUAUGACCAUAUGAGCAGUGGUUUCCGACCCCAAAAGAAUAUCCUAAAUGAAGAAGAUCUUCGACAUUACGAGCAGAUGGUCAUUAUGAAAAAAUAUCCGUAUUUGGACCUAAAGGAAUUGGACACAAAGUACAGCCCUUCAAAAAAUACUAGACAAAGCCUAAAAUUUGAACAAAGCGCAAAUAUAGAAAUUGACCCUGGAAUAUGGGAGCCGUUAGAAGAAGGGCCAAACGUAGAGAUCACCAACAGAGGUCUUACGGGGUUCGCCAUACCGCCUGAGCUCUCCAGGCAUGUGAGCAUGCUUGAAACUAAAACCAAAUUAAAUUACUUAAACCCCAACGACAAACCAGAUGAUGUUUCAAAAAUAUCAAAGAAAUCUUCAAAGAAGGAGAUACUCGGAAGUCUCAAAGACGAUAUAAAAGAAUAUGUAGAAAAAAAGAGUAAUAAACUUGAGUAA